AUGUCUCACCAGCAGCACUCCUCAGCGCUGUUGGGCUUGGAGGAUCCAGAAAGCCUAAUACCAGGUCUCCUUAAGCUCAAUCUUGGAGGUGGCGAAGUGGAGGACAGACCGAUGAAGGAAAAUGUCGAGGGAAUGAAGGAUCCUCCUAAAGGAACUCCAGAGUUCGUCCCAAAGCCAGGUUUUGUGGUGAAGACAAUAUUGGAGAAAUGCACCAAUGGAGUGGACAUGCAAGCGCGGGAUGAGAAGGGAAAGCCUCUCGCAGAGUUCUAUGUGAAUGUUUGCUACGACUACAGAGUUUUACCACCACAGACUCGGGAGGGCAAACCGACUAAGGAACUCGAAACCGCAUUCAUACCGGUCUCUAUAGGUCAGCGCCGUGAGGAUAUGAAAGCAACCGAUAAGGCCAUCGGGAAGCGCGUUCUCGUGGAUGUUGUUGUUCACACAGAUGUGAUGGUAAAGGCCAAGGACGACGUCCAAUUCAAGAGGUUUGUUGCCUUGCUAUGUCUAGACCGGUUGAUCGACUUAGAGAGGAUGAUGGAGGCAUACAAUCGUGAAUUCGAGACCCCGACGGAGGACCAGGUGAAAGGCAUCCAUACAACUCUUUCUGCGGUGCACGGGGCGUCAGUAGCCGCCCUUCGCUUCCGUGAGGCAGCACUGGAGCUCCCCAAGAUAUCGUACAAGGCCGGCAAGCAGCCUUUAUCCCACGUCCUGCAAGCCGAUGCUGACCCCAACUUGGUCAACGCUAUGCCCUCCAAGGAGAAGGAGGCUGUAAAAUCCCAAUCAGCGACACGUUCGCCUGUUGAGCAGAAGCCGCAAGCGUUGAUUAUGCCGACUAGAGGAUCUUCGGAAGGUGGUGAUUUUUUAUUGCGUGAACGAAAGACUGUAGAGCUUUUGUACCUCACUAUGGCAACCUCAACUGCGCAGAGCAAUAGCCCGGACUUUGCUUCUACACUGCAGUUCUACUCUUCCUCGGCGGCACCACCCGUUCUGUCCAAUCAGGAUAAAAUGGUCAAUUUGGGCAAACGGGCAGGUCAGAGCAUACAAACUAACGCGCCAGUCGUCCUUGGUGCGAUAUCAAGUGCAAUCGCUGGAGCUAUGAAUACCGUGAAGGAUGCAGCAUCAGGAGCUACUGGAGCAUCGACGUCUACUAAGACAGAUGGCUUGGACACGUUCGAUUUGGAGUUGGGAAAAGUGAAGAGUAGUGGACAACCCUCUUCGCAGAGUUCGACUGCCCCUAACGCAUCAGCUGAGGAGAAUGUCGGCCUCUUCUCACAGUGGACUAACUCAGCAAUGCAGUCCGGUUCGCAAGCCUUCCGAGGGAUGAAGCAACAGGCUACGGGUAUCGCAUCGACUCGUGACAUGAUAGGGAAGUUCAUCAUGUUGUUCGCUGCGGGCUGUAUAUGCAUGAUGUUGGCUCUGACGUUCCUACCAAUGGUCGUCAUCGCGCCACAGAAGUUCGCUCUCAUGUUCACUGUGGGUAGCUGCCUGAUUUUGGCAAGCUUUUCGGUGCUGAAGGGGCAUGCGGCUUUCAUAGCUCACAUUAUGUCACCGGAGAAGCGCGUUUUCACGGCGGGUUAUGUGGCUUCCCUGGUGGCGACGCUAUAUGGUGCUCUAGUGAGCAAGUCGUACAUUCUCACGGUUGUUUUUUCCCUCGUUCAAGUGGUCGCUCUUGCAUACUUCCUCGUCAGCUAUAUACCCGGAGGCACUCGGGCACUCACGAUGAUAGGAGGUGUUGCGAUGUCAACAGUGAAGAAUCUAUUCUCUACGGGCGGCGGUUCGGCGUCGUCGAGCUCACAAUCGAGCGGUCUACCGCUUUGAAGUGGGCCUUCAGUUUACUUUUGAUAAUGAUGAACAAUGUACAUUCAAUCGAGGAGUCUUCGGAACUGCUGCGUUUGUAUAAAGCUGCAUCGUGAAUGCGGACGGAGGAGCUUAUAGGAUACUAUCGUGUAGCUUUGAUGGCAUCGAUACAGCAGUUGGAGUAACCACACUAUUCUUCUCAU